ACGUAAUUCAUUGUUGCUUAAGUAAUUUUGAAAUUAUUACUUACAAGUCACAUUUACAAUAUUAAUCAAAGUGAUCCCUCUUUUCUGAAAUAAAAAUAAAAUAAAAUAAAAUAAACGAGGUGGGUGUCCGUCCGGGUGUGAAUAGCUGCAGAGCUGAGAGCUGAAGCUUCAAGAAGCUUGCAUUGCAUGGAUUUGAUUUUCCCCACUCCGAUUCUUCUCUUUUCUUUCCAUGCAUAUUUUAUAAUCUACCAUAAUUAAUAAACCCCCACCGCCGUCAAUCCACCGUUACAGCAGCCGGAAUAUACCAUUCCUGAAACCAGAAACCCGUCUUCCUCAGUGACAAGAAAAUUUCCCCUUUUAUUCUAUAUAUAGUGCUAUAAGUUGGCAAGUUCCCACUUUUAAUUCCCAGUUUCUAAUUUCUCAUUAUUUUACUAAUUCUUGAGCUUAAAUUAAUCAAAUUAAUUAGUAAUUUUUUUAAUUUCCAGUUGACUAGUUGUGCAGCAGCGUGGUUCCGUUUCUCCGUUUUGUUUGAAAAUGGAGUGCAUGAAUGGGUUAUGCGCUUCAUCAAAUUCGAUCGAAUGGGAAAAUGGAUGGCCUUUGCAAUCUGGGGGUUUUGCUACUCUCUGUCUUAAUUGCGGGAGUGCCUAUAAACAAUUUGUUUUCUGCGAAACCUUCCAUUCGGAGGAAACCGGUUGGAGGGAGUGCACUUCAUGUGGUAAACGUCUUCAUUGUGGAUGCAUUGCUUCUACUUCAUUACUUGAGCUACUCGAAACCGGUGGUGUAAGUUGUAAAGCCUGCAUCAUCAAAAAUUCCAAAAUCCCUUCUACACCCAAAGAAAAACACCAAGCGUGUGCUCUGUCAACUGAAAAUUUCAUAGAUCAAAAUCUUGAAACGAUGGGUCCCGCACAACCUGGCGAUGGUGCUGAAAAUGAUGGCCAAGAACAACGUUUACCACCAUCCCUGAAUAAUGCAUUGCAAGAGAGUAAUAGUGCUAAAAGGGUAAACGAGUCAUUAGUUCAGACAAACUUGAGCAUCAGCUUAUCUGCUUCGUCAAACUCGGGUGUUUUUGCUGAAGAAAGACAACUGAGCACUGCGGUUUCUUCCUUUCAACAAGGGUGUGGGCCCCGCCAUCUCUUACCAAGGCUACUGCCAAAUUCCAUUCUUUCUGCAGGAUUAGGGUUAGAAACAAACUCGAGCAAUAAUAUUUCACAAUUGCGUGUUGCGAGGCCACCUGUCGAAGGAAGGGUCAAGAAUCAGUUGCUUCCACGUUAUUGGCCUCGAAUUACUGACCAGGAAUUGAAGCAAAUAUCUGGAGACUCGAAUUCUACAAUAAUUCCCUUAUUUGAAAAGGUCUUGAGUGCAAGUGAUGCUGGUCGAAUAGGUCGUUUGGUUCUUCCUAAAGCAUGUGCUGAAGCAUAUUUUCCACCAAUCUCUCAACCGGAGGGCCUUCCUUUAAGGAUUCAGGACGUGAGGGGUAAAGAAUGGGUAUUCCAAUUCCGAUUUUGGCCAAAUAAUAAUAGCAGAAUGUAUGUUUUAGAGGGCGUCACCCCUUGCAUUCACUCAAUGCAAUUACAAGCUGGAGAUACCGUUACUUUCAGUCGUAUGGAUCCAGAAGGGAAACUUCUAAUGGGGUUCCGAAAGGCAUCAAACAAUGUUUCUGUACAGAAGGAUUCACAUUAUUCGAUGAAUAAUGGUGCUUUUCAAGGCGAACGAUUCUUUGGAAAUGCUGAAAAUAACCUACCUAUAAUGAGUGGCUACUCUGGCCUUCUUCAUUCACUUAAAGGAAGCAAGAACUCUUCCAUGCCUACUUUGUCUAAGCACGUCUACGCUGGAGACAAUCCACUGUCUGAAUCUUCGCUUCUUCCGGAAAGAAAAAGAAGAAAUAUUGGGCCCAAGAGUAAAAGGCUACUUAUUGAUGGUCAUGAUUCUUUGGAGAUAAGAAUCUCGUGGGAAGAAGUGCAGGAUAUGCUCCGUGCACCGCCAAGUGUCGAACCAAGCAUCGUAUCAGUUGAAGAUCACGAGUUUGAAGAAUUUGAAGAACCACCUGUUUUUGCGAAGAGGAGUAUUUUUGUUGUUCGUCUAUCUGGGGAGCACGAGCAAUGGACUCAAUGUGACGAUUGCUUUAAGUGGCGUAAAAUGCCAAUCGAUAUUCUUCUCCCUCCCAAAUGGACAUGUCAGGACAAUAUCGAUCAGACAAGAUGCUCAUGCUCUGCACAAGAUGAAUUAUGUUCCAGCGAAAUCGAGAAUCUUCUGAAAAUGAAUGAGGACUUGACAAAGAGGAGAUUUCAGACAAGCCUCAACAAACCAAUGUACGAAAACAAAUCUCAGGACCAGGAAACUCCCACGAUUAAUGCAGGAGGUGAAACGAGUCAACCAGUGACAUCAUCAAUAGCAACAACCACAAAGCAUCCAAGGCACCGUCCAGGCUGCUCCUGCAUUGUCUGCAUACAGCCACCGAGCGGUAAGGGCAAACACAAGCCCACAUGCACAUGCAACGUCUGCAUGACAGUCAAACGCCGUUUCAAGACAUUGAUGAUGCGCAAGAAGAAACGCCAAUCAGACCGCGAGGCUGAAAUCAUCAUGGCACAAAGGAACAAUCAGUUCCCCACAUCAGCUUCUGCUAAAGACGAAGCAGAGGUUGAUCAUAGCACAAACCCCAAUAUUAAUAAUACUCAGGUGUCUUUACAAUUUGUUCCGUCUGAUGAUGCAAGAAGAUCAGAAACUGAUAUACUUUCGACCAGAAACAGUGAGAUUUUUAAGGGAGGAUUGGACUUGAACAGUUGUCCAGUUCGGGAAAUUACAGCACCGCCCCGUGUGAGCAUGACGAGUCUUCUUCUAGAAGCUAGUUUGCCUUUGGACACUUACUUAAAGCAGAAUGGUCUUACAAGCUUGCUUACAGAGCAGCAAGCAGUUUCGUCACCACGUGUAGAGAAUAUGGAAGAGCACAGUAAUGAUUUAUCUGAAAAGGAUCAAAUAGAAAAAGAUCCAUUGUGAUGUUUCCUCUUUUUCUUGUUAAUGUUCUUAUCAUUCAAUCCCUGCUACAAGUGAAGUGUAUCAAAUAGAUCCAUACGUUAUUACAGAGUUAAUUCAAUUUCGACAACAA